AUGUCUGCCUCAUUGCCUGGCUCUCGUGAUGUUCCCAAUUCACAAUAUGAUCUGACCUCCUAUUGGGGGCGUGUCCGUCAUGCGGCAGACAUCUCCGAUCCUCGGACUUUACUUGUCUCAGGCGCGGGCUUGGAGCAGGCCAAGAGCCUCAUCUCGAUGUACAAGCAAAACAAGAUUCCUACCAUGACUCCGGAGCUAUGGAAGGCGAAGAAGGUGGUGGAUUCGACAUUGCACCCUGAUACUGGUGAGCCAGUCAUGCUUCCUUUCCGCAUGUCGGCCUAUGUCCUCACCAACUUGGUGGUGACGGGAGGCAUGCUUACCCCCGGACUAGGAACAGCCGGUACCCUCCUCUGGCAAGUGGGCAACCAAUCGCUAAACGUCGCCAUCAACAACGCCAAUGCCAACAAGUCCACGCCGCUCUCCACCUCUCAGAUCGCCAAAUCUUACCUCAUGGCCGUGACGGCGUCGUGCUCGGUCGCUAUGGGUCUGAAGGCUCUGGUCCCCCGACUCAAGGGCAUUUCCCCCAACACCCGAUUGAUCCUCUCUCGUCUGGUCCCCUUUGCCGCCGUGGCCAGCGCAUCCGCACUGAACGUCUUCCUGAUGCGCGGCGAAGAAAUUCGUCGUGGAAUUGACGUCUACCCCGUUCUUUCCGAUGCCGAACGUGCCAAGCGCGACGCCGGCGGCGAUGACACCGAGCCGGUUCAGAGUCUGGGCAAGAGUAAAAAGGCCGCGACGCUGGCCGUCGGCGAGACUGCCAUCUCGCGUGUGCUGAAUGCCACUCCGAUCAUGGUUCUGCCGCCCCUGAUUCUGGUCCGUCUCGAGAAGACGGCCUGGUUGCGCGCGAACCCGCGCCUGGUCCUCCCCGUGAACCUGGGCUUGAUCUUGACCACCUCGCUGUUUGCCUUGCCGUUGGCGCUGGCAGCGUUCCCGCAGCGACAGGCGAUUAGUGCGGCCUCACUUGAGGAAGAAUUCCACGAUCGGGGAGGACACCAGGGUAUGGUGGAGUUUAACCGCGGCAUGUAA